UUGCACUUUAAGUUCUCGGCACACAAUUAUUGUAUUUAUUAUUAUUUAAAACCAUAAUGCCGCACGGUCACUCGCACGAUCAUGGCCAUGGCUGCAGCCAUGAGGCAACCGAUAUCGACAAUGCCCUCGAAAUGGGCAUCGAAUACAGUUUGUAUACAAAAAUCGACCUCGAGAAUACGGAAUGUUUGAACGAGGAGACCGAUGGCAGCGGCAAGACCGUCUUCAAGCCAUACGAAAAGCGUCAGGAUACUAGUAAAUUUGUACAAAGCGAUGCGGAUGAAGAGCUGCUGUUCAAUAUACCCUUCACCGGCAACGUUAAGCUAAAGGGCAUCAUCAUUAGCGGCGCCAAUGAUAAUACUCAUCCAAACAUGGUUAAACUUUUUAAGAAUCGACCCAAAAUGACAUUUGAUGAUGCACAUGGCAAGGCGGACCAGGAAUUUGAACUGACGCGCGAUUAUCGCGGUGAAAUCGAAUAUUCGCCCAAAGUUGUGACCUUUUCAUCGGUACAUCAUUUGUCGCUCUAUUUCCCCAGUAAUUUUGGCGAUGAUGUCACGCGCAUCUACUAUAUUGGUCUUCGUGGUGAGUUUAGUGAGGCUCAUUAUCACGGCGUUACCAUUUGCAAUUAUGAAGCGCGUGCCAAUGCUGCCGAUCACAAGGAUAAAGCUUUUGAUGGCGUUGGACGCGCAAUACAGUAAAGAAAAACGAGAAAGCAAAUUAAAAAUGAUAUAACUAAUAAGGUUUUUUUUUGUCAUACUCACUGUGCUUGAUAUUAAAGUUGUACAGUUUGUAAAAAAGGA